AUGUCCCCGACUACACUCCCGCCGCGCUCAACGUCCGAAGAGAAAACAAUGAACAUGGAGUCAGGGAGAGCAUCUAGCGACAAAAGCGCGGAAUUGGAACGUGUCAAUACAGAUGAGAUGACUUUCGCUCCAAUCACCGCGGCGGCAAAUGAAAAACGUGGGGCACCCUUACAGAAACAGAAAUCGAAUGCUUCGAAAUCGCUGGAGCGUAGCUGGUCACUCAAUGAUGGGGUGAGUGUUGGUGGCAAUGAUGUGGAGGCCGUUGAUGAUGAUUCUUUUACGAUUGGUUGGGAUGAGAACGAUCCCUUAAAUCCGAGGAAUAUGAGUACUGCUCGAAGAUGGAUGGUGACGAUGAUUGUUUCGAUGGGUUCGCUCUGUGUAACUUGUACCUCGUCUAUGUAUACGACGACGUAUACCCAGUUGAUGGAUGAAUUUGGGUGUUCUCGAGAGGUUGCGACUCUUGGAUUGUCCUUUUUCAUUUGGGGUCUUGGAGUUGGUCCGCUGUUCUUGAGUCCCCUGUCUGAGUUUUAUGGCCGACGAAACAUUUAUAUCGUUUCGUUUUCGCUGUUCCUCAUCUGGCUGGUUCCCUGUGCCGUGGCUAAGAAUACUGCAACCAUGCUGGUCUCUCGGUUUUUCAAUGGAUUGUCUGGUAGUGCAUUCCUGAGUGUCGCAGGCGGCACUGUGGGCGACAUGUUUGAUCGCCAUGAGCUUGCAUUUCCCAUGAUGCUUUAUACUGCGAGUCCGUUUGUUGGACCUGAAGUUGGACCUCUUGUUGGUGGUUUCAUCAAUGCCUUCACCACAUGGCGUUGGACAUUCUAUGUGCUCCUGAUAUGGACUGGUGUCUUGCUAGUCUCGAUGAUCUUCCUUGUCCCGGAGACGUAUCACCCAGUACUUUUGAGGCGCAAAGCCCAAAAGCUCCGCAAGGAAACCGGAGACGACCGAUGGAAAGCUCCGAUCGAAAAGCUAAAACGUAGUGUGGCGCAGACUGUUUUGCGAUCUAUGUAUCGCCCGAUUCUUCUGCUAGCACUAGAACCGAUGUGCCUGUGUCUUUGUAUCUUCUCGGCUAUUCUGCUGGGUAUUCUUUAUCUCUUCUUUGGGGCUUUUCAGUUGGUGUUUUCCAACGUUUAUGGAAUGGAGAUCUGGCAACGAGGUUUGUGUUUCCUUGGCCUAUUUGUUGGCAUGGUAUUUGCCAUUUUGUCGGAUCCAAUCUGGCGACGGAAUUACGUUCGCCUGGAGCGCAACCACGAGAAAGCCACAAAUAAGAUCGACGACUUUCAGCCGGAAUGGCGGCUUCCUCCUGCCAUUCUGGGUGGACCCUUGGUCACCAUAGGUCUCUUCAUUUUUGCUUGGACAAUUUACCCUGACGUUCAUUGGAUUGCGCCAAUCAUUGGCAGUGGUAUUUUUGGAGCAGGGACAAUCCUGGUCUAUUCAGGUAUCUUUACAUUCCUCGUCGAUGCAUAUCCGACCUUUGCCGCCAGUGCUCUGGCAGCGAACAGCUUCGCCCGGUCGUCUUUUGGAGGCAUCUUCCCUCUGUUUGGAAUCCAAAUGUAUAACAACCUGGGUUACCACUGGGCGACUUCCUUGCUAGCGUUCCUGACACUUGUCAUGACCCCAUUCCCGUAUCUCUUCUACAAGUAUGGCAGCCAAAUCCGAAAGAAAAGUCGGUUUGCAACAUCGCAGAUGUGA